CGCCGCCGCCAUUGUAGCUUUAAUAGCACUUGCUGCCUUCAUUCUUGUACAUCCAGCUUUCUGCUGCUAACGACACGCUUUAUAAAAUGUAAUAUAAAACAGUUUGUGUGAACAUGGGCGACACAUAACCUACAGGAACGCCCUCAGUAGCAGCAAGCAGUAGUGGGCAGUGAGAUACAGGGAUAAUGGACUCCUGGACCCCGAACCCCCGAGCCAAGCCUUUCAUCCCCCGUCAGCAACGCAGCCUCUACCUUACCUGGAAAUACAAACUCACCAACAAACGGGCUCUCCGUCGAAUUUGCCAGGGUGGUGCAGUCCUAUUCUUGUUCAUUACUGUAAUUGUGAACAUCAAACUUAUUCUGGAAACCAGGAGAGCAGCGAGCGAGGAAGAUCCUGCUCCAGAUUACGAUGAUGCCUUGGCCAACAUGGAAACACCUCGAAGACCAGCCAGUGGACGCAAGGUGCUGGACAUUGAGGUGUACUCCAGUCGCUCCAAGGUGUAUGUGGCAGUGGACGGUACCACAGUAUUGGAGGACGAGAUGCGGGAGCAGGGAAGAGGCAUACACGUCAUAGUGCUCAAUCAGGCUACUGGCCAUGUGAUGGCUAAGCGAGUGUUUGACACCUACUCUCCCCAUGAGGACGAAGCUAUGAUCCUCUUUCUCAACAUGGUCACUCGUGGCAGAGUCCUAAUCUUCACCAUCAAGGAUGAGGGAACCUUCCAUUUAAAAGAUGCUGCCAAGAACCUGUUGAAGGGACUGGGCAGUCAGGUGGCUUCUACUCUAAGCUGGAGAGACAUGUGGACUCUGGUUGUGAAAAAAGGAGGUCAGGUGUAUGGGGAGAAGCACUCAAAAUCACCUGCUCUCUCCACCUGGGGAGAUCCUGUGCUGCUGAAGACAGAGGUUCAGCUCACAGCGGCUGAAGAGGCAGAGUGUCAUUGGGCAGACACGGAGCUGAACCGAAGGAGGAAACUCUUCUGCAGUAAAGUGGAAGGUUAUGGCAGCAUCUGCAGUUGCAAGGAUCCAGCGCCAAUAGAGUUCAACCCAGAACCACUUCCCAACAAUAAUGUCUACAACGUCCCAGUUGCCGUCAUUGCGGGGAAUAGACCAAACUAUCUGUACAGAAUGCUGCGCUCCCUCCUGUCCUCCCAUGGUGUGAACCCACAAAUGAUCACUGUUUUUAUUGAUGGUUACUAUGAGGAGCCCAUGGAUGUGGUGGAGCUGUUUGGGCUUAAAGGAGUUCAACACACACCCAUUAGUAUUAAAAAUGCCCGUGUGUCCCAGCACUACAAAGCCAGUUUGACCGCAACUUUCAAUCUCCAUCCGGAUGCAAACUUUGCCAUUGUCCUGGAAGAAGAUCUGGAUAUUUCUAUAGAUUUCUACAGUUUUCUCAGUCAGACCAUUCAUUUGCUUAAUGAAGAUGAGAGCAUUUAUUGCAUAUCAGCCUGGAAUGAUCAGGGCUAUGAGCACACAGCAGAAGACCCAUCACUGCUUUACAGGGUGGAGAGUAUGCCAGGACUGGGCUGGGUACUGAAAAAGAGCCUCUACAAGGAUGAACUAGAACCCAAGUGGCCCACACCUGAGAAGUUGUGGGACUGGGAUAUGUGGAUGCGCAUGCCAGAGCAGAGGAAGGGGAGAGAGUGUAUAAUUCCCGAUGUCUCCCGCUCCUAUCACUUUGGCAUUGUUGGCCUCAACAUGAACGGUUACUUCCACGAAGUAUAUUUUAAGAAGCACAAGUUUAACACCGUCCCAAAUGUCCAGCUGAAAAAUGUUGAUGGCUUGAAGAAAGAUGCCUAUGAAGUAGAGAUACAGAAUCUUUUACGUGAGGCUGAAGUUCUGGAUCACAGCAAGAACCCAUGUGAAGACUCGUUCAUCCCAGAUACUGAAGGAAAGACCUACAUCAUGUUCAUAAAGAUGGAGCAGGAGACAGACACAAGCACCUGGACUGAACUGGCCAAGUGCCUGCAUGUGUGGGAUCUAGAUGUUCGAGGCUAUCACAGAGGCCUCUGGAGGCUCUUCAGAAAGAAAAACCACGUCCUUGUUGUAGCUGUUCCAAUCUCUGCUUACUCCACACGGAAACCUGCCCAUGUUACCCCUUUUCACCUGGAGCCUCCGCCUAAAGACGAGGCUGCCCCUGUGGAACAGAUCUAGAGCAGCUGCAGUUGAACAGGUCUCAUUAAACAAAGGGUCCCACUUGCACUAGGCCUGCGCUGAGAGAACCUUCUGCCUUCAGGCCACAGCGUAAGCUGCUACAGCUGCUACCGCUUCUCUACUGGAGCAUCCUCUGAUACUUGCUGCCUGUGUAUGUGCGUUAUGUGAGCGAGCAAUAUGCAAAUGGUGAGUAGACUAGCUCUUCCAGACCCUCGAAUGAGUUCUGUAGUGGGAAAGGUGUGUGUUCUGUCAGCGAUGGGGGGGGAAAAAUGGCAGCGUUUUGUUUUUUCCCCAGAAAGAUUUUGAUAAAGUAAUGGGUAAUAAAGGGCUGUGUUACUUGUUAGAACAGGAAAAGUGGACAAGGUGUGAAUAAUCUGAUUGUUAAACACUACUGAAUGCUUUUGGUUGUACUGUAUAUACAUUUUAACUUAUUUAUUUUGCCGCCACUAUCAAGCUAGCUGAGGUUGUUGGCAACACUAAAGAGUGGUGUUUAUAAGGCUACAAUAGUCCUUCACGAUAACUGACAUAAGUCAUAAAAAUUCAUAAACUCUAAUAUGGCAUCAGCUGUCGUAAAGGCUAAUUGUACGAAUCCUGAUGUGAUGUUUACACAAAUCAGGUGUCCAUGUUAUGACACUAUCCAGGCUAAUGACUUUAUAGUUUAGUGUACUUUUGGAAUUCUUUUUUCAGGAUUAUGAGAUUCACUCCAUGUUGCCAUCAUCCCCAUUAUGUCACUAUGACACAACCAGUCUUUAUGACAGCUGAUGUCUUAUGUAGCCCUAUGAACACCACCCUGAAAUAAAAAAAAAAUAAUAAUAAUAAUACACUUAGUGUUUUGAAUAAAAAUGUUUUAUAGACAUAUAUUUUUGCAAACAAAAAGAUCAUAUUUUUGAUCAUGCAUUUCGGGUGUGUGUUUUAAUUUAUUAAUCACCUGCGAUUGAUUUACUGGUAGAGAGAAUGUCUGGUACACAGCAUCGCCUGAGGUGGAGUUUUCUAGUUCAAGGCUGCAUCAGGAUGCCUUCAUCUAGCAGACUGGAGAAUUGGCAGGUGUUUGUAUUGAUGUUGUAGCCAUAGGCGUUUUUUACAGUCUGAAGGAAAUUCAUGUAAGUCUUGUUUGCUAGAAAACAUCACCUUUACCUGAUCUUGAAUCGAACAUGCUUCAUAUGGUACAGUUUUACAAGUUCAGCCAUCGGUCUGUUCAACACACUGAUAACACAUUGUGUUAGCAUUUCAGUCUCUUUUCCUUCAUAAGUUUAUCUGUAUCUAUUUUAUUAUAUUAACGUUAGUGACUUGCCAUCCGAUGUUAUCUAAUGAUUUCAUGACUGAUAUUUUAAAUUAUUAAUCAUAACGGUACGACUGGAAGUAUUAAAUUUACAGUUUGCUCUGUCGGUUAUACAAAGACUGUGCAAUAGGUUUGAUUUCACCAUUUCAGACAGACUUAUUGUAAAUUUAUUUGGAGAUACCACUAGUCUUCAAGUCCUUUAAACAUUUCCCUGUUGUUUUUUUAUUUUCUAUACUUGUUUUGUAUUUUGCUGUUGAUUUUUUUGUUGUUGUUGUUUUUUAAUAAAAUGAAAUGUUUAUAAGCUUUUGA